AUGAGAGACUCGAAUCAUCGAUGUGUUACGCUGAACAGGUCAAGUGUUACCAUAACUUCCAGCGUGUAUGACAGAAGAGGUCUGGAUUGUAAUUCAGAAAUUCCACUUAUAAACUCGCUGAACCACCUAACAUUUUUGACCUCUAACUCUGCUAAAGUGCGGGAAACUGUAGCCAAUGACGGGGCCUUAAUACGACUGGUUUCUAUUUUGCACGACUGCUCGCUUUCGCUGGACGAUUGGCCCAAAUAUCGGGUGGAAAGUGGCUUGAAUGUGGUGCAGAGAGUCGAGAGAGAACGAAAGCUCGCGAUGGUAGCAUGGAAGUGGACGCUGGCGUUCCAGUGCUUGGUACUCACGGGUACGAGGGGCACAGAACAGAUUCGUAAACAGGUGGUUUCGUCUGGGGUCAUCCCCAUCCUCGCCACCGUUCUAGACAACUAUCUGCUGCUGGAGAAAGGGUUCGACUUCAUAGAAAAUGUAUCACUGGAGCUCGAUAUCGAGCAUCUGACCUACAGCAGUGAUCAUGAGCUAUCACAGGAGGUCGACCUCGACAGCAUAGCGUUGAGGUACAAAAAUCUAAGGAAGCCUGACAUCACCGAGCUUGGCACCAGCUUCGCAGAAUUGUGGGAAUCUACCGAAGAGACAGCAAGUCAGGACGGCACCGAGACCGACUCCUACGACAACAUCGUAGUUUCCAUACCGAGGGGUUUCUGUUGGGGUAAAAUCGUGCCCAAAGCCGACGAUGUCAUUUGGUCUCUCCAACUACUAGCGUUCAUCUCCAAGUAUACUCAUCUGAAGCCACAUCUACAGAAAGUGCACCUUGUGAAGUCUCUGUCAUUGCGAAACGUUUUGUCGAUAGCAAGGAAAAGUCGGGAACAGGCACUAGAUAUCUCGUCGUUAAGAAUUUCACUCGCAACUCAGGCCAAUAACCAGCAUAGCGGAUCUGACGCUGAACUUGACAUGGGUCUCGAGACACAACAAGACGAGGCCUCGGUUGAUUUCGAGGAUCCUCUGUUGAUCGAUAUGAAAGAGCGAUGUCAGAAAAUCGGUGGGCAUAUCUCGUUUCACACCAGUAACAGUCACUCUUCAGCAGCACGAAAUCAUGAUCAGGAAGCGCUGGGGCAACGAGACAAGAUGAAAAUGCUGAAGGAAGAGUUUAAACGAAAAUGGAAUUACAAUACGCUCGACAAAACGCUUAAGGAAGACACUUACCUUCACAUAAUUAGCGCUCCUCAUCUAAACUUGUUUCCACUGGUAGAACGAUUCACGGUUAAGAAGGAAAAUGAAAGAGACAUGACGUACUGGAGUUCAGUAAUCAUGAGAAACUCUUGCAGAAAAAAUGAAACCACAGGGGUCAGACAGUGUGCAAACUUUGCUUGCGGCAAGUGGGAGGAUUAUCCAAAACGGUUUGCCAAAUGUAGGCGGUGCAAACGGACUAAAUACUGUUCUCGGGAAUGCCAGUUGCAAUCAUGGCAUUACCACCGUUAUUGGUGUCAAGAAGUUGGGAGUUCAUCGGCCGGGCACGGAUCUGCUACAAACGCCAGCGAACGAACAACUCCCAACCAGCCCCAAAGCGCCACUGGGUUAAUAGCGGGCUCUGCUGCUACAGAUACACCGAAUAUUGAUAGCGACAGGCCACUUUUGACAACAUCAGACGAUAACGAAGACAUAUCACAUACAAUUGAGGACGGCAACGCGUUGCCCGAGGGCGCGUGA